AUCAAAACUGAUAAACUCAUUAGACAAUGUUGUCAUCGUUUUCCUCAAAAACCGACCAGCAAAACGCACGUUCAAUCUCCACUUUCGUAUUCACACACAAAUCAACACAAGUAUGAGAUCUUGUCCCAUUGUUGGGGUGGUGGCAUGGCAUAGAGCACUGAGAAAAGCAUUGCAUUCUUUUUCUUCUUUACCGUCUUGUGCUCUGCUUGGCCCCAACCUCCCUGAUGUUUGGGAAUCCAGAGAGAACGCUUUCCCUCAUACCCAUUUGCCAGAAAGUCUCCAAUGGGCUAAUGGCCACAAUGCUGUAAUUCUUGAGGGUAAAUCAAUUGCUAAAGAGAUAAAACUUAAAGUAGCUGAUGAGAUAAGAAGGAUGAAGAGUUGCAUUGGGAAGUUUCCUAGAUUGGCUGUGGUUUUGGUGGGUGAUAGGAGGGACUCUCGCACUUUCAUCCACAUUAAGUUGAAAGCCUGUGAUCAAGUUGGCAUUGAAACAGUGGUUGCCCAGUUGCCAGAGAAGUGUGCUGAAACUGAACUGCUUCAUGUUGUUUCUAGUUUCAAUGAUGACCCGGAUGUACAUGGCAUUCUUGUGCAACUUCCUCUGCCUCAACAUUUGGACGAGGAAAAAAUUAUCAAUGUUGUGAGUCCUGAAAAGGAUGUGGAUGGCUUUCAUCCCUUAAAUAUGGGAAAUCUUGCAAUAAGAGGAAGAAAACCCUUCUUUGUCCCUUGUGCUCCCAAGGGCUGCAUUGAGUUGUUACUUAGGCAUGGUGUGGAAAUCAAGGGGAAAAGAGUGGUAAUAAUUGGAAGAAGUAAAAUUGCGGGGUUACCCACUUCCUUGCUAAUGCAGAGGCACCAUGCAACAGUCAGCAUUUUACAUGCAUACACAAAGAACCCUGAACAAAUAACUUCUGAAGCAGACAUUGUGGUAGCAGAUGUUGGAAUCCCUAACGUAGUUCGUGGAAAUUGGCUAAAGCGAGGAGCUGUGGUCAUCGACAUGGGAACUAAUCAAGUUAAGGAUCCCAGUGGCAAAGGCUUCCGUGUGACAGGAGAUGUUUGCUUUGAAGAGGCAGUAAAGGUAGUAUCUGCCAUCACUCCUGUUCCUGGAGGUGUAGGACCAGUUACAAUAUCAAUGCUGCUCUCCAACACCCUCCAUUCUGCCAAACGUGGCUUUGGAAUGGUUUGAAUAAAUUGUUUUCUUCUCCAUCUUAAAGUUCUAUGUUGGAUCUAUCAUCUGUUUGUAUGCAUGUUCCUGUUCAUCUAAAUAGGAUAUUGUUGAGGCCAACAUGCUAUGAUAUUUAUCACAUUGCAUUGCAAGGAUCUAGUGGACCACAUAGGGUUUAGAAAUUAGCUCUUUUUGCCUUCGUUGCUUUGCUAGUUCAAACUCACCUCUUGAAACCCAAAAAAAUUGGGGCUACAAUUUUGACUGUUUUGCUCAUUAUGUCGAAGCUGAUAUAGACUUUCUGUAUAUGAUUGGAGCAGCUAUUUGAAAUGCACUCCUUCUUAACAUCACUUCUA